AUGGCCUUCUCCGGCCAAGCACCCACGAUCAUCGUGUUGAAGGAGGGGACGGAUGCUUCGCAAGGAAAGGGGCAGCUUAUCUCCAACAUCAACGCUUGUGUUGCCGUGCAGUCUACGGUCAAGGGCACGCUCGGUCCGUAUGGCGGUGACCUGCUUCUCGUCGACAGCAGCGGCAAGCAAACUAUCACAAACGAUGGGGCGACUGUAAUGAAGCUGCUCGAUAUCGUCCACCCCGCCGCCCGAAUCCUGGUCGAUAUUGCACGUUCACAAGAUGCUGAAGUUGGUGAUGGAACAACAUCCGUGGUUGUCCUUGCCGGAGAGAUUCUGAAAGAGGUUCGCGAUGCUGUCGAACAAGGAGUCAGUGCACAGAUAAUCAUCAAGGGUCUUCGGAGGGCCAGCGCCAUGGCUGUCAACAAGAUCAAGGAAAUCUCGGUCGAUAUGUUGGAGGCGGCGGGCAGCGAAGAAAAGAAGAUUGAAACACUGAGACGGUUGGCUGGCACGGCGAUGAACAGCAAGCUGAUCAAGAGGAAUGCGGAUUUCUUCACAAAGAUGGUCGUGGAUGCUGUACUAUCUCUUGAUCAGGAUGACUUGAACGAAAAACUCAUUGGCAUCAAGAAAGUCAACGGUGGUGCUCUUCAGGAUUCACUGUUCGUGAACGGUGUUGCCUUCAAGAAGACGUUCUCCUACGCUGGUUUCGAACAGCAACCCAAGUCGUUCAAGAACCCGAAGAUCGUCUGCUUGAAUGUGGAGCUGGAGCUGAAGGCUGAGAAGGACAAUGCGGAGGUUCGAGUCGACCAGGUGUCGGAAUACCAGGCCAUCGUGGACGCAGAAUGGCAGAUCAUCUACAACAAACUGGAGGCCAUUUACAAGACUGGCGCUAAGGUGGUGCUGAGCAAACUGCCUAUCGGAGACUUGGCUACACAGUACUUCGCAGACCGUGACAUCUUCUGUGCUGGUCGGGUCGCCUCUGAAGAUUUGGAACGUGUUUGCCAAGCGACCGGUGCGUCGACCCAAUCUACGUGCUCCGACAUUCAGGAGUAUCACUUGGGAACCUGCGGUUACUUCGAGGAGCGCCAAAUUGGUGGGGAGCGUUUCAACAUCUUCUCGGACUGCCCUGCCGCCAAGACAUGUACCCUCGUCCUGCGUGGUGGAGCAGAACAGUUCAUUGCGGAAGUGGAGCGAAGCUUGCACGAUGCCAUUAUGAUUGUCAAGCGUGCGAUCCGCAAUCCGACGAUCGUGGCUGGUGGCGGUGCCUGCGAGAUGGAACUGUCGAGCUAUCUUCACGGGUUUGCGGACCGCAACGUGCCGCACAAGGAGCAAGCGAUUGUCAAGGCCUUUGCCAAGGCGCUGGAGGUGAUCCCGCGUCAGCUGUGCGACAACGCGGGUUUCGACGCUACCGACAUCCUCAACCGAUUGCGUACUGAGCACCGCAAGGGCAACGUGUGGGCCGGUGUGGACUUUGAUCACGAGGGUGUCCGUGACAACAUGGAGGCGUUCGUCUGGGAGCCCAGUCUUGUCAAGGUCAAUGCUAUCCAGGCUGCAGUCGAAGCUGCUUGCUUGAUUCUGAGCGUCGACGAGACGAUAAAGAACGAAGAAUCCCAGCAACCACAAGCUCCUAAACGCGGUCUUCCUCCGGACGCCGCACAGCGGACUCUCCGCGGUCGGGGCCGGGGCAUUCCCAGACGUUUAAAUAAACCUUUCUACGACAAGACGUUGUUUACCAACACAACAGAUGUUAUAUCGCAACUUCACGCUGAGUCGCUUAUCAUUCCAAUGGCAAUAAUUCAGGCAUGA